GCAAACAUUUGUGGAGCGCAGCCUGUGUUCAAGGUCGGGGGAGGGGGGCUGGGCUCUCCUUGGGCAAAAGGACUCAGAAGUGGUGACAUUUUCAACUCCCACUUGGCUCCGGAAGUGUGUGCUCCACGUACCUGUCCUUAGGUGAGCACUUUCUUAACACCCACUCCCCACACACCUACAGUCCCACCCCCUGAAAGCGCGUGAAGACCUGGAGGUGAGGGCCACUUGCUACCUCAGACUCUCAGGACACCUCUUGAGAUCUGGUCACCUCUCUGUCCCCUUAAGUUCCGGGAGACCCUCCAGGAUCUGCUGCCCACCCUGCCCAAGGCCGAUGACUACUUCCUUCUGCGAUGGCUCCGAGCUCGGAACUUUGACCUUAAGAAAUCUGAGGACAUGCUCCGAAAGCAUGUGGAGUUCCGGAAUCAGCAGAACCUGGACCAGAUCCUGACGUGGCAGGCACCAGAGGUGAUCCAACUCUAUGACUCUGGUGGUCUGUCUGGCUAUGACUACGAAGGCUGCCCUGUGUGGUUUGACAUCAUUGGGACAAUGGACCCCAAAGGCCUUUUUAUGUCAGCCUCUAAGCAGGACAUGAUCCGGAAGCGUAUCAAAGUCUGUGAGAUGCUUCUCCAUGAGUGUGAGCUGCAGAGUCAAAAGUUGGGCAGGAAGAUUGAGAGAAUGGUGAUGGUGUUCGACAUGGAAGGGCUGAGUCUGAGGCACUUAUGGAAGCCAGCUGUGGAGGUCUACCAGCAGUUUUUUGCCAUCUUGGAAGCAAAUUAUCCUGAGACGGUGAAAAAUUUAAUCAUUAUUCGAGCCCCCAAGCUCUUCCCAGUGGCCUUCAACCUGGUCAAAUCAUUCAUGGGAGAGGAGACACAAAAGAAGAUAGUGAUUCUGGGAGGUAACUGGAAACAAGAGCUUGUCAAGUUUGUGAGCCCUGACCAGCUGCCUGUGGAAUUUGGGGGCACCAUGACUGACCCUGAUGGUAACCCCAAGUGCCUGACCAAGAUCAACUAUGGGGGUGAGGUGCCGAAGCGCUAUUACCUGAGCAAUCAGGAGAGGCCACAGUAUGAGCACAGUGUGGUCGUGGGCCGAGGCUCCUCCCACCAGGUGGAGAAUGAGAUCCUGUUCCCAGGCUGUGUGCUCAGGUGGCAGUUUGCUUCAGAUGGUGGAGACAUCGGCUUUGGAGUUUUCCUGAAGACCAGGAUGGGGGAGCGGCAGAAGGCUGGGGAGAUGGUGGAGGUGCUGCCCAGCCAGCGCUACAAUGCCCACAUGGUGCCCGAGGAUGGGAGCCUCAACUGCCUCAAGGCUGGAGUCUAUGUCCUGCGCUUUGACAACACCUACAGCCUCCUGCAUACCAAGAAGGUCGGCUACACUGCGGAGGUGCUUCUUCCAGACAAGGCCUGUGAGGAGAAGUUGCAGGGCCUAGGCUCAGUGAGCCCUCCUUAGGACAGUGAAGACUCUGGCCACCUCUGAUUUUACUCCAUCCAACUCCUUCACACACCCCUACUCCUUGCACCCCAGGCAGGGUGAUGCUGAACAUGGCUACAGAGAUCUCCAACCCUUGUCUCCAUCUUAGCCUCCCUUCGGACCACUCAGACACAGACCAGCACUUUCAUCCCCUAUACCCAGAGAAUGGGGCUGAGGGUGACAUCACAUGUCCACUGAGAAAGGACACCGCCCCAUGGUCUCAUCCUUCUGAAGAUACCCACACACCCAUGAUUCAGCCAUGCCUGGCAUCCCAGCUGGGAUUGGAUACAUGAAAUCCACGUCUGGUUCCCCAUAGGAAGCACAGCUGCAGGCUGGCUUCUCUCCAACUGGAGGUCAGCAAGGAUGGGAAGGGCCAGCUGGAGGCAGCUGGGCAGACUGUGAAGGGGAAGAGGCCCCAGCUUGAACAGAGCAUCAAGACCUUUCAACCCCCCCCCCUUUGGAAGAAACAGCAGACGUGGAGAGGCAGGGCAUGGCGGGGGAACCCAGAAGAAAAGCCACACUCGGCUUCAUGAGGUGGAGCAGUUUGCUGACAUGUGAUGUCACCCUUAGACACAUACACAUACGAACACACAUGUGCACGUGCGCCUCCUGCACAUACACACACCUGCUAGGACCUUACUGAUACUCAAUUUUGACAUUCCCUCUCUCUUAAGGCAGUCGCUCACUCUGUAGCCCAGGCUGGCCUUGCAUUAGUCUGCCUUCUUUGGUGUUGCAUAUGGGCACCACUAUGCCUGGCCCGGGUGGAACUCAGGACCAAAGCUAAACAGCAGGAGGCACAGGUACUAGAGGGCAGGGUGAGCCACUCCGGGGAUUCGUCCUGACCUCUCACUUGCUUCUUGGAGAACCUUCUAGAUUUCCAUCCGUCUGCAUGUCUAAGGAGAGAGUUGAAGCUGCCAACAUCACUUCCCGUGUGACCCAGGAGCUGGCAGGUGACAGCUUGUUGUGUGUGAUGUCUCAAAGGCUGGCCCUCCUGGCAUACACAGACAGCCCGCUACUGCUCCACUAGGUGUACUGAACCUAACAGCAGAUGCUGCUGAGUUUGAUCCAGUGUGCCUCUGUGGAUUGGCUCUGAGGAGCGAUGACCUGGGGCCCAGGAGCUUAGGCUGUCCUGCACUGCUUCUCCUGGGCCUCUGGCUGGGACAGAAGACCCGUGUCCCAUUCAGGGUGGCUUAGACACUGUCUUAGGUUACUGACGUUGCCUUCUUUGUUUGUCCUUCUGUGCUGCUGGGCCAACUGUCCCUGGAAUGAAUGAUCAGAUAGAUGUUUCUGGAAAGGGAGUCCUUACUCUAAAGUGCCAUCGGCCUAGAAGCCUUAGCAGAAACCACCUUGUCAAGGCGCCUUGCAGGCGAGACUUCAGGCCCCACCGUCUUCUGCUUCCGGAUCCUAUCUUUGGUUUUCUCUGCUUGCUGAACAGAUGUCUUCAUUAUCAAAGGCAUUUUAAUGGAGAAAAACAGUAAACCUGGAAGAUGAGGGAGCUCUUCAGAGGAGCCCCUAGUGAGUGUAUCUGGACCAGUUGGACUAUUUGCAGUCAAGGCUUAGAGUCUGCAUUGGGGGUUAAAUGCCAAGAGGCAGUGCCAGGAGAAAUUCUUGCCUAAGAUCAGCUUAAGCAGAUUGUCAAGAGGAAAAAAAAAAAAAAAAAAAAAAAAAAAAACAAGCUUUUUUCUGGAUCCAAAGAGACAGCCUAGGGCUGUUAGGCAAGAGUCAUGAGGCAUUUUCCAAGGCCAGCGUUGCUCCUGCACUCACAGUGUGGAUGCAUAGAACCCCUCUUAUUUUUCCGAAGCAACCCAGCUUUUUGGGGUCACUUCUCCACAUCUUUUGACAGGCUGAAAGUGUCACUAACUGUGAUUAGAAAAACUUCAACUUCAUUCAUCUCUCUUCUAGUCUUGAUGAGCUCUCAGAAUGACUCACGUCAUUAAAAGGCCCCUAGACUUUAAUCCUGAUCCUUGCCCUUCUAAGCACCAACAGCCAAUUUUCCCCACCAGUACAGACUCACUAGUAUUUCUAGACACACAUGCCCUAUGCACAAUGACAGCUGAUUUGC